AUGUAUCAUAUUAUUAUUCGUCGUUUAUCAACCCAACAACAUCACUAUAAAUUAGUUGUUAUUGGUGCUGGUUGUGGUGGGUUAGCAUGUGCAUCGAAAUUUGCAAAAAAAUUGUCGAAAAAUGAAAUUGCUAUUAUUGAUAAAAAUGAUACACAUAUUUAUCAACCAGGUUGGACAUUAGCUGGUGCUGGAUUAAAAACACCUGAUGAACUUGAAAAAUCACAAUCACAAUGUAUUCCAACUAAUACAACUUGGAUUCAAUCAAAUGCCAGUCAAAUUCAACCAGAAAAAAAUCUCGUAGAAUUAGAUGAUGGAAAACAAAUUACAUAUGAUUAUCUCAUUGUUGCUGCUGGUAUUCAAACACGUUAUGAUAAAAUAAAAGGAGCUAUUGAUGCAUUAGAUAAUGAUCCAAAACAUGUAGUUAGUAUUUAUUCGAGAAAAUAUGUUCGUAAUGUUUAUAAUACACUUAAUAAUUUUCGUGGUGGCGAAGCAAUAUUUACAUUUCCUGGUACACCGAUUAAAUGUCCUGGUGCACCACAGAAAAUAAUGUAUCUUGCGGAAGAUUUAUUUCGAAGAAAUAAUAUUCGUGAUAAAACUACUGUUAUAUAUAAUACAGCAUUACCAGUUAUAUUUGGUGUUAAAAAAUAUGCUGCUGCUCUAAUGGAAGUUGUCAAAGCAAGAAAUAUUCAAUUAAAUACAAGAUUAAAUCUUGUUGAAGUACGUGCUGAUUCAAAAGAAGCUAUUUUUGAAAAUCUUGAUCAACCAGGUACAAUGAAAACAUUUAAAUAUGAUUUAUUACAUAUUGGUGCACCAAUGGCACCUUAUGAAUUUUUAGCAAAAUCACCAUUAGCUGAUGCAAAUGGUUUUGUUGAUGUUGUUAAAGAAACAUUACAGCAUAAGAAAUUUCCUAAUAUUUUUGCUAUUGGUGAUUGUACAAAUCUUCCAACUAGUAAAACAGCUGCUGCCAUAGCGGGAUCAAAUUCUAUUCUUGUUAGAAAUUUAAUUAAUCUUAUGGAUGGAAAAUCUGAUAGCGUUCCAAAAUAUGACGGAUAUACAAGUUGUCCACUUGUAACAGGUUUUGGUAAAUGUAUUUUAGCAGAAUUUGAUUUCAAUGGACAACCAUUAGAAACAUUACCAAUUGAUCAAGGAAAAGAACUUCGUCUUUCGUAUAUAUUAAAAAAAGAUGUUAUGCCAUCGAUGUAUUGGAAUAUGUUAAUCAAAGGUACAUGGAAUGGUCCAGGCACACUUCGUAAAAUGUUUCAUCUCGGGAUGACAAAAUAA